AUGGCUGAGGGAAUGACGCAAGAUGCUCCGCCGGCCGACCGCGAGUGGCAGAACGCGGAGAACGACGACUUUGACCGCCGCGAGGCCCGCGACAGCGAGAUGGAGCUGGAGCGCGAGCCAUCGGUGCGCGACCGCGAGCGCGAUGACGAGCGCGAGCGCGAUGGGGGCGCGCGUGGCGCAGCGGAAGCAGCGCGUCCCUCGCCGGCGCCUUCAAACAUUAUCGGCGCCUUUGGUCUGAGCAUUCGCACGACCGAACGCGACCUUGAGGAGGAGUUCGGGCGCGUCGGCGAGGUCGAAAAGGUCGUCAUCGUGUACGACGCGCGGACCGGCCGCUCGCGCGGCUUUGGCUUCCUCACGAUGAAGGACGUCGAGUCUGCCACGGAAGCCAUCCAGCAGAUGAACGGCGUCGAGCUGCACGGCCGCCGCAUCCGCGUGGACUACUCGAGCACGUCGCGCGCGCACGACCCGACGCCCGGAGAGUACCGCGGCAACCCGCGUCCGGCCGACGACCGCUAUGCGCCGCCGCGCCACCCGGGCAGCUCGUACCGCGGCGCCGCCUACCGGGGCGACCGGGAUCGUGAUGAGGGCCGUGACUAUGGCCGCGACUAUGGCCGCGAUCGUGACCGCGACCGCGACUACCGAGACCGCGACUAUGGCCGCGACUCCUACGGCCGCCGCGACCGCGGGCGGUACGACGACACUGACCGAGCAGGCAGCUGGGCGCGCCGUGACGACCGCGGCCCGCGGUACCGUCGCGGCCAUGGCCCCGACUCGGACGACUGGCGCCGCCGUGCAAGUCCACCGCGUGCACGCUCGCGCAGUCCGCCGCCGCGUGCGCGCUACGAUGGAGAGGACGAGCGGCGAGGUGCACCGCCAUCCCGCGCUGAGGACGAUGAGGCGAUGCGCUACGAGCGUGAUCGGUAUGCAGACGAGCGCCCGGCGCGCUACGACUGA